UGCGGCGUCCAAAGCAGCUCAGAUCACCACAUCCUUCUUUAGCGUGACCCACCAAUUCCUGCCUUCUUUUGGUGUCUGGAGGUACUGGUUUCUGCUCACCUCACCACAUCCUUCUCUCUCUUCUCUUUGUCUUCCUCAGCACGGGCAAAGAUGCUCUCCAGCAGCUCAGAUCUCCCCAAGAGCUCCCUGCAGAUAAAGGAGGAUGACAAGUUCUAUGGCAGGUUGCUCUCCAAGGAGAGCUCAGCGGCCAACCGUUCCUUGAGAGCCUACUACGGAGUGGCCACUGUGGCUGUGCCUUUCGUGUGGGAGUCUCAGCCCGGGACACCCAAGCACAGCAGCUCCGCCGCUGCCAUGCCUCCCCUCACACCUCCCCCCUCCUACUUGUACAGCCCCAGGAGCACGAGCUCCACCAAGAACCCCAAAUCCGGCGGCUUCAUCCGCACCAUGCUCCCCAUGCUCAGCCUGAGGAAGGCCAAGGCGCCCAUGGCGUCAUCAUCAUCCUCUUCCUCGUCCGUCUCCUUGUCCUCCUCGUCGGUGUCGUCGUCCCCUUCGUCGUCCGCGUCUGGGCGGUCCAGACACAGCAGAAGGCCAUCGAGCCCGCAGUCGUCGUACUUGUGGUCGAGGGCCGAUGACGAGGGGUCCGACGACGGGUCCCCGACGACGAUCUUGUGCUUCGGUACGCGACACAGGGUUGCCGGCCGGCCAUGCCCAUGAAGAAGGCGCUGCUGCAUGUCAUGUGUGUGGUAGGGAGGCUCAUCAUCUUCCAAACAAGAGAGAGAAUGAUGUGUGAUAGAACAAAGGUGAAAUGGUAAUUUACUCUUCUGAAAAUAAACGUGAGAUUAAUAGUUUGUAUUUGA